AUGAGCGAAAAGCGCGACUACUACGAGGUGCUUGAAAUUCCUCGCUCCGCAAACGAGGAAGACAUCAAAAAAGCAUUUCGUCGGAUGGCUUUGCAGUACCACCCGGACCGAAACCGAGAAUCCGGCGCGACUGAACGCUUCAAGGAGAUCAACGAAGCGUACCAAGUUCUCAGCGAUUCGGAGAGCCGCGCUCGUUACGAUCGCUUCGGUCACCAAGGCGUCAACGGCAACGCUGGCAACGGCUUCGAAGGUUUCAGCGACUUUGGCGGAUUCGGCGACAUAUUCGAAUCGUUCUUCGGUGGUGCCUCGGGGACGCGCGUCCGCCGCGGGCGAGACGUCGAGCUCGCAUUGAGCAUUUCGUUCCGCGACGCAAUAUUCGGAACCAGCCGCGAAACCAACGUCAUGCGCCGCGAAAUCUGUUCCCGAUGCAGCGGAUCACGCGGUGAACCUGGCAGCCAAAAGACGACGUGCCAAACAUGUAACGGCAGCGGAAAGGUACGCCGCGCGCAGCGAACGCUGUUCGGUAACUUUGAGCAGAUCGGCGAAUGUUCCACUUGCCGCGGCAUCGGAACCCGCGUCGACCGCGCAUGCAUCCAAUGCAACGCUACCGGUGUCGCCAACAAUCGACGCAAAAUCUCCAUCGACAUCCCCUCGGGAGUCGACGACGGCAACCGCAUCGUAAUGCGGGGUCACGGUGAUGUUGGUGAACUCGGCGGUCAAGCCGGCGACCUUUACGUUCGCGUGCACGUUGAACCUGACCGCGUCUUCACCCGUAGCGGCAAUGAUGUCCUCAUCCGUGCAGAAUUAAAUGUCGUAACGGCAAUGCUCGGUGGAGAUAUCACCGUCCCCACAUUGGAGGACGACAAAACGGUCAGGAUCGAACCCGGCGUUCAAACGGGCAACCAGAGGGUGCUCACGGGAUUGGGCGUGCCGCGGCUCCGCAACGAUGGACCGCGCGGCGACCAAAUCAUCCAAUUCGCCGUGGUAACACCGCGUUCGCUUACCACCGAACAGAAAGACCUCGUCCGAAAACUCGGCGACACAAUGCGUGCCACCGACGACCGGGCACUCGAUCCCGUCAUCGUCGAAAAUGAUGUUUCGUACGGAGCGCGGUCGGCACACAACGGCAGCGACAAUGGCAUCUGGAGCUGGCUAAAAGGCACAUUCUCUGGACAGUAA